ACUCGACUCAAUAAGGAUGUGUUUAUACAAUAAUUUCCCUUUACAUUGCGAUAGCUAUUAUUUAAACAUAACUAAUGCUUUAUUAAUUAUUUAUUAAAAGAAAUUCUACACGAGCGAGUUUGAACAUAAGUCAUUAAAAUUGGACUAGCAAAUGUUCGCCCGAAGUUCCAACUUUUAAAACUUGACCUGGCACGGUGUGUCUUCGUGAACUGUGUUAAACGGACUAGCGACUGCUUAUCAUUUGCACGGGUUCGAUAUAUAUGUCUGGCUGUGUGGUCCACAUUUAAGUGAGUCUACAUUACAAAUGAGGAUUGCAAAUAUGAUUUUGCCGACACUUUUGUUGUGUCAGAUUUCAACUUUGACAGCCUUAUUUUGGAGCAACAAGGUCUGCUACAAGAAUGUCGGGUGCUUCGAGAACAGCAAUCCCUUUGAUAAUACCCUUGGCCAGCUUCCCGACUCCCCAGACAACAUAAAGGUAAAGGUGUACUUAUGGACGCGGGAGAACCCAGAAAUAGCAUCGCAGCUCUUCUACGACAACACCCAAAGUAUCGCCGAUUCGAAUUUCGAUGCUAGUCGGCCAACGAAAAUACUUAUCCAUGGGUUCAUGAGCAGCAAAGAUGAACCGGUAAUUGCCAAUCUGUCGGUGGCCUUGAUCAAACAAGGCGAUUACAACAUCAUCGGCAUAGACUGGUCUGCAGGCUCAAGGCAGUUCUAUCCAAAGGCCGUGUCUAACACCCGAGUCGUGGGUGCGAUCGUUUCCCGCCUGGUGCAGACCUUGCAGACGGAUUUCAGCCUCAAGCUCUCCGAUCUUCACAUUAUAGGGCAUAGCCUAGGCGCCCACACUGCCGGCUAUAUUGGUCGCCGCGUACCGGGAAUUGCGCAUAUCACUGGCAAGUUGUUUUUCCUCAUAAUUUAUUUGUUUUCAUUGCUGACAGUGGUAAGCUAAUUGGGAAUUAAAUGACUUUAAUGUUUAGGAUUUGUAUACAAAAAACAUACAUUUUUUACUGUUUAUAUUUUAAACAUAUUUCUUUAACCCAUGGCACUUUCGUUCGUUGAAACUGGUGUGAGAGGAUUCACUUCGAUAUUACUGUUUCUGGUUAGCGAUGGUUUAAUCGUGGAAUCGCUGCUAGAUCGACUAGCAAUUCGUCCAUUAAAACGCGAGUUUCACUGUUUACUGGUCUGUGUUUAAGAGACAUUGUCUGUGAUUGCCAUUUAUUGCCCCAUCGUUUUAUUCAAAGUACUGACAGUACUGGUGUGACGAUGCUUUUGAAGAGGAUUGAUAUAAAAGCAUCCAUUUAACUUUAUCUACAUCACUACAAUUGUGUAUGUGGGUACGAAAAUUUUGGGUAGGAAAAAAAUGGGUAGACAAUUUUGGGUUCACAAAUUAUGCAAAAAAAAAAAUUGGGUACGAAAAAAGAUUUGGUAACGAAAAAAAAUUUGGGAAGGGAAACAAAUUGGGUACGAAAACAAAUUUGGGUACGAGCAAAAAUUUGGGUAGGAAAGAAAAUUGGGUACGAAAAAAUUUGGGUACGAAAACUGUAGGGUACGAAAAAAAUGGGGUUACGGGGAAGUAGUACCCGUGGGGAACUUGAUCCAUUCAGCGAAACUGGGAGGCGGGUUACAUUCUCGAUAAAAAAUAAGAAGAAAUAUCUUUAAAAAGAUAUUCGACGUUUAUUUUCUGUACCACUUAUCUUAAAAAAUCGUUCUGUUACAGUAAAACGUUUGUGGGUUAUAGCAUUACGUUUCAGCAUAUAAAUUCAAAACUUAACAUGCUCUUUAAUUACACCAUGCUCUUUAAUUUCACAUGUAUAUCAUACCAAACUUAAUAUUUCGUAGUUUCCUUUCCUAAGUUAAUGAUGCUAUGUGUACGGACGUGAUUUCAUAUGCCCAUCUGCAUGAACAUAUAAUUUUUCUCUUUUGAUUAUUGUUUUUUUCUCUCAUUCAAUAAGCUUAGGCAUGUUUGUUCGUUAAGUACGGCAAUAAUUUGAUGAUGAUUCCCGAAAGUAGGUAUGAGCACAUAGUCGUAAGAGGACUUGAAUACGCCCAUGAACUCAUGGAAGGUUAACUAAAUCUCCGAGAUAUGACCUAAUAUGUGUUUCAAAACAGCAAACAAUAUCCAACAAACUAAUGAAUUAUCAAACAUAGUAUGUGCACUGAUGUGGCUGUGUAAUUUCUGUUUGAAAAGUUUAUUAAAUAUGCAAAAUGAGAAAGCACGCAUAAAAGCGAGUUUCACAGAUGUUAUACGGCUAUUAUGCUGUUUAUAAACCAUAGUCGCUACAACGUUUACAAAUGACAGGUUCGAAAUAAUUCGUUUUCUUUACACUCCUGAUCGCGUUGAAAGUAAAUUGUACACGUUUUAAUUCGUAAUUAAUUUACUGAAUCACGACAAAUGUCAAAUACAAUACAGAAAAUGCAUAGUUGUUUCAUUGAUCUAUAAACACAUAAUGGAUUGAAUAUAACUGAUUUUAAAAUAACGUUUUCAAACUAUUAUCAAAUCUUUUUCCCAGAAUAUGCUGUCCUAUUUAUAGCUGAGCUUCCUUUACAUUUAUCAAUGAUAAUCAGCGAGGUAUGCCGAUUAGAAAAAUCUCAAUCGGACUGGCUCGGUCUUUUACAUAGGUCGCCAUUGUGAAUAAUUUUUCAUGUUAUGAAAACUUAGACGAGCUGCUUCGCAGCAUCGUCAAAAAUAACAUAACGAGAAAGACGUGCAUACAUGAAUUACUUUCUUUAUCACCAAUUGUUGGAUACAAAUUAAAUAUUAGAAGAGUAUUGUUGUAACAAUUACUUACAAAACAUCAAAUGAGCCAAAACAUAAUGCGCGAAAAGUGCUAAAUUUCCUAAAAGUAAGUCAUUAUUACGUUGAUUUCUCGUACAUACGCAUUCCACUACUUUCACUUAAUUCUAGUAUUACGUAGUAAAUUGAAUUCCAAUCGACCUGUUUAAAUUGUGUAUUUAUACUCGUAUGCACAGUUAAUUAACUUUGUUUUUCUUUGUUAUUAAUCGCGAGUACGUUUGAUUGCGUACAAACCUGAAUCGUCGUCUGUCAAUGUACUGAUUUAAUGAAAUGGAGCUAAAACUUAUGAAGAUUUCUGCCUGGUAGGGUUAGACCCGGCUGGACCAUUGUUCGCUAAGACGGACGCAGUGGUACGCCUGGAUCCAACUGACGCUUUGUACGUUGACGUCAUUCAUUCUGACGGCGCGCCUUUCGAAGACGCCGGUUUCGGGACGAUGUCGGCCCUCGGUCACAAGGAUUUCUAUCCCAACGGUGGCCAGGUGCAGAAGGGUUGUCCUCCGCCUAUCAAAACAACUGUGGGCCAGAUUCUAACGGGAAACAUUAAGGAUGCGUUUAACAGCGUUUCGUGCGCACAUGACCGUGCAAUAUGGUACUACAUAGAGUCCGUGCUGACCAACGCUUGUCAUUUCAACGCCCUCCGCUGCUCGUCGUGGGAAGAUUUCAAGGGAGGCAACUGCGAUUCUUCGGGUCCACGCACGUACGCAGAAAUGGGAUUCAACUCGGAAAAUACGAAUGCAACUGGAACUUUCUAUCUGGAAACAAACGCACAAUCACCAUACUGUAUAACGUCAUAGACCAAAUCAGGGGCAACAAAUCGCAUUUAUUCAACAGAAAGAAUCUUAGAGUGUUUAAAGAAAAGAACCCCCUUUGGCAUUUUGCAAAAACGCACCUAAGAACUAUAAAUGGACGCUCUUACAAUCUCUUUUAAGUCAUUCAAUUAAAACGAAAGGAAUAAAACGAUAAUAAAAUUGUUGUAUUCAGAAUUAAAAGCAAGACAUAUUGCAAAUGCAGGAAUCAGGUUUUCAACAUUCAACUAAUUUUUAAACUUUAAUUUUAAAAAUUGUGCAAUCAAAGUCUAAGCAUGCAUAAACGGAAGUCUAAGCAUGCAUAAACGGUACUAACCCACUAAAUGUGUGCACAAUACUUUUACUAAAUAAAUGCUAUUUAGCGGA